AUGGCGAGCAUUAAGAAACAUCAGGAUUCACCACUUAAAGUUAAUGGUUGUGUGAUUUAUCUGUUGCAUUGGUUUGCUGAACACAACAAAAUCAUGAAGCCAAGCAAUGAGGAAGGUUUGCCAAGGAUUCUUAGGUGGAUCAUCAGCGACGUCAGUAAUACAAUCGAGAAAGACCUGAAUGAUGCCAUGAAAAAGCGAUUGCUUUUGGAUGAGUACCGGAGGCAGAAACAAGAAAAUAGCAUAGAUGUUGUGAAGGAAAUGCGAAGAAAGGAGUUGGAUGAGGAGCUUACUGAAGUUCUGGAUAGGCAAGAAAGGCUUCUUAGUUUCAUUAAAGAGAAAAGACUAAAAGAGAUUGAGGAGGAUGAGGAUGAGGAUGAGGAGGAGGAGGAGGAGGAUGAUAGGGAGGAGCACAAGGAAUAUGAUGAGAUUGAGGAGGAUGAAGAUGAGGAGGAGGAGGAUGACAAGGUUGAGGAAGAGCACAAGGAAGAUGAUGAUGAUGAGGGUAGCAAAGGUGGUGAUGACGAGCAUGAAACUGAAUCUGAAAGGAAUGAAGUUCCGUAUGAAACUCCUGAAAAGCAAAGCACUCAUUCACCAAAGACCAAUGAGGCAAAUGAAGAAGAGGAUGGCAAGGAUGGAACAAGCCAAGGAGUUGAGUCUGAAACUGGUAACAAGCCGAGCACUCUUCUGCCAAAGGAAGUUGAAAUCCCUGAAGGUCAAGAAGAGCAUAUGAACCUUAAUGACCAGGAUACUGCUCAAACUGAUGAAAUUGACAAAGUAGCUGGGUGUGAAGCUGCUAACAAACAAAGUACUUUUAUGCCAAAGACAAGUGUUAUCAAUGAAGAUAAACAAGACCAAGUGAACUUUGAUGACCGGAAUGUGAUGGAUGGCACUCGAACAGCUAAAAUUGAUGAAGCUACUAUAAUUGCAGCUGAAGCCAUAUGUCAGUUGGAUCCUAAAGAAGUCCUUUUACUCACACAAGGAGAAGAAUCACAGAAUGAGACUUAUACAUCAAUUGAGGACCCUCUAGACAACUUGUCUGAAACUGUAUUCGUAAAGAUUGAAAAAGGUUGUUACAGAAUGGAACCAACUGAAGUGAAGGAAAAGAUGCAGCCAAGAGGUAGAAGAAGAGAAGACGAAUCCAGUGAGGACAAGAGCAUGGAGGAUGAAGGAAGAAGAGAUGUUGAAGACACAAGCCGCUGGAAAGUUUUCCAAGACACCACAAAAGAGAAAUACAAAAACUCUGUAGCUUGGCAACUAAUAAGACUGGAUGAUCCAACAGUCAAGGAAGAUAUUUUGAUUGUUGGAAGAGUACUUCGUGAACUGAUGUUCAACAAAUAUCUGGACCAAGAGGUACUCCAUUUCUACAUCCAUCGACGUAGAAGAGCACUUGUCAGAGAUAGCAUUCGUCAUCCAGAUGACAAAAAGUACCUGAGCUGUGAAAUUAUGAGUCCUACAACAUGUUACUAUGUCAAGUAUAAUGUCACCAACGAGGUGCAAAAGCUUGUGGUUGAUUUCAUACGGGACAUGCCUGGGAAUCUGGAAGUUCUUGUAAUCCCUAUCAAUCACUCUACAGAUCAGACGAGGAUGGGAUUACGCUGGUCACUUUUGAAUUUUGAUUUCGAAGCUAAGGAAUGGAAAUGGUAUAACUCGUUACACUCAGAAAAUGAACAGUCAUAUAAAGACGAUGCAAAGAAACUAGCAGAUGUGGUACAAGUGAAACUCAAUAAGAAGAGAGCAUUGAAGGGUCAUCCACCUAUAGAAGAGCAAGAAUUAAACAUCAUGACAUUCCAUUCACAAGGAAUCAACCCGGACUGUCUAAUAUAUACUUCUUACUUUAUGAAACGAAGUAUGAAGACAACAAAAGGUAUGAAAAAAGGUCAGCAGAGGGCCGAAGACAUUUUUCAGCAAAUGAGAUCAAAAUUGGUGGCCAAGAUGUUGACAAAAGUCGGAUGGUAUGAAAAGGGGUGGGAUAUAGCGAAGGACGAGGAGCAUAAUCAGUAG